CAUUAUCGACGUUAGAAGAUAGCUGCUGUUGCCCGUUCGUCGUUCACGUUUUUCUAUAAAGAAAAAUUAGUCGCGUGUUAAAAAUAUAUUACAACCAAAUACAAAUUUGUAUUUGUUACAACUGAACACUUGUUUGGAUUUAUAUAUCCGUUUAAAAAUCGAAUUUUUUUUAUUAUUUAUUGUUAUCUGUAAUUUUGUUCUUCGGGAAACGGUGUAGUUUUGCAGAAAAUGUUCAUGUCAAACUAUUUUCGUGGAAAUGGGCUUUCAACAAGGGUUUCUAUUCGUCAAAAAAUAAUGGAUUACAGAAGCCGCUACGCCAACAAGCCACUGAUAAUCAUCGAUCUGAUGUAUUACGAUCAGCUGGGUGGUUAUCUGCACCGGAGCGGAGACCAGACCAAGAUGAACGAUCUAUGCGGAAUCUCUCGGCAACGGGUGCAACAGCUUGAAAACUUCGUAGCAUCGCUAAAGGGCUGGGGAGCGGAGCUCCUUUUCAUUACGAACGGACCAUAUUUGGACGUUAGUGGACAGAUCCUGCCGGACGAGGAUGAAGCAAAAGUCAGCAGCAAGGAUUGGCGUUAUGAGCUUCAGUGCGCCAUCAUUGAUUAUCUAGACAGGGCACACUACAGCCAGGUUGCCGCCGAUUCUAAUUUCAUCCCUAUUGAGCGUGUGUGGACGGAAUCGGUUCAGAAGAUUGCCCGCAAGUACGGCAAGAUUAUGCGAGCUUGGGAUAACACGCGUCAUCAGGAGAUUGCCAAGUAUGCUAGCGUCCAUGACGCGUUGGCUAUCAUUUCCAAAAAUUACGCCCUGUUGCUGUACAGCGGAUUGGCUUUUCCGAAGUACAAACUGUGGUCGCUGGUCGACUGCGCUUCAUAUAAAAUGGAAACGGUCGAGUUUGAUCCUCUCGCUAUUCGUCGAACACUUGGAUUAUCAACCAAGCAGCUGAGAGUUCUGGGGGCGAUUUGCGACUGGUACUUCAACACUUCAUCGUUUUGCACGUUCCUGGAACGUAUCAAAGUGCCUAACGACAGACGUACAUUGUUUAGAGACUUGGCUACGUACGUCAAAAAGACCGCUGGGAACUUGCAGGAGCUGGACUACCUCAAGAUUGCACGCGAUUUUUUCGGCGAACAGAAGUAUCUCGACAAAUUUGAUGAUUUCAAAACUGUGUGUGAAAGCUAUAAUAUUAAUAAGAUAACCUUGUCCGUCGAUCAGAACAAUGAUUCGAUCAGCAUGCAACUGAAGAAGCAGGAUUCGUUCAAUUAUGAUAUCUACCAUGGUAUAUUGUUCACUUGUUCAAUAACCUUUGUUGACUAUCGCUUUUGGCAGCAGCAUGGCGUAGAUUUUUAUGAAAUUGCUACCAAUUUGUACCAACGUAUUAGCGGAGUCAUUCUUCAGCAUAAGAAUGAUCAGUCGCUAGUUCGGUACGUUAAGAUCAAACGCAGUCACACAGAACCAUAUACCAUGGCAGAGUUGAAGCCACAGUAUCCGAAGAAUUUACACAUUCCUUCGUUGGAUUACAUUUUCUCGCUUGCUGGACUGACGUUGAUGGCCAUUCCGGAUUUUAACAUCCGCGUGCUCGAGUUUGUCACCGGAAUGACACUGAAUAGGUGUGCUUUGGAAUUCUUCUGCAAAACUGAUCAACGAUCCCAUCUGCAGGAUAGUGUAACUCUAUGCUUCAUGGUGAAGUUAAACAUGAUGGAUCGUUUUGAGGCGGACAUUAUGCUGAUGGUCAUUCAUAAGUGUCGCCGAGAACGUGUACAGAAUGUUGAACUGCCGGAAAAUUUGCAUCUUCGGGCGUUCCAUUUGUAUUUUACUUACGUGAAGAUGCGUACGUUUGUUAAACAUAGCUUCUACUGUGCCGGAUUGGACGAUUCAUUUAUGGAUGAAAACUAUCUUGACGGGGCCAUAUAUCAGCGUAUGUUUCAACGGUGGACUAUUGAAGGCGAAACUGAAGAAUUCAGCAGAGAAAUCAAUCGAAUCGAACAUUACCGUUUGUAUUGAUUAUUGAAGGCUUGAUGCUGAAUAGUAUUACGCUAUCGAUUUACGAAAGUUCUAUUACUUUUUAAAACUCUUGAACUCGUGAGCAGUUAAUAUGUUUUAUCUUUUUUGGCGUAUUUUGCGUGCAAAUGUAAUAUUCUUUUUCAAUAGCCUGUUCACAUUGUUUAUACUCGUUUGAAUUUUGAGUGAUCGGUAUGAUUGUUCUGUAAGUGAUUUUUAUAAGCAGUUUAAACAAGAAAUACGAGAAAGGUAAAUUCUUCGAUCAAUUUUAAUAAUCAACAUUGUUCUUUUUGUUCGCCUAUGUUAUCUUCCAGAUUAUAAAGCAAUAUUUUGAA